GGCACCGAGUCACCAGGCACGACAGUGGGCUCUGAGUCAAUUGGCAUGACAGCGGGCACCGGGUCAUCAGGUACCGGAUCGUCUGGCUCGACAGCGGGCAUCGGGUCACCAGGCAUGACAGCAGGCACUGGGUCAUCAGGCAUUGGAUCAUCUGGCUCGACAGCGGGCAUCGGGUCACCAGGCAUGACAGCGGGCACCGGGUCAUCAGGUAACGGAUCGUCUGGAUCGACAGCGGGCAUCGGGUCACCAGGCAUCAGGUCAUUUGACUCGACAGCGGGCACCGCAUCAUCUGGCAAGGCAGUGGGCACCGAGUCACCAGGCACGACAGUGGGAUCUGAGUCAAUUGGCUAGACAGCGGGCAUCGGGUCACCAGGUAUGACAGCGGGCACCGGGUCAUCAGGUACCGGAUCGUCUGGCUCAACAGCGGGCACUGGGUCAUCAGGCAUUGGAUCAUCUGGCUCGACAGCGGGCAUCGGGUCACCAGGUUGAACCACGGAAGGCAGGUUCUCAGACGGCAGGCUCACCGGUUUGGAUACUGGCAGG